UACAUAAGAAAAAGCUGUCAAAGUUUCUAUCAGUAAAUAUUUUUUUGUUAAAUUUCUAUACAUAAAUGAAGUUUUAUCAUUAUUCCGACCAUGGCUGUUAAAAAUCACAUGAAUUUAACAAAUUUAAACUUGCCAAUAUUUAUAGCAACUCGUAAUAGAAUAAAAAAACAUUAUUUUUCGGAAGUCUUAUCCUACAUUACUAAAACCUGGAAGAACAACCAUGUCUUAUGUUUUGAAGAUGAAUUUGAAGAUGAUCAAACAGUUGAACAUUUUGGCAUUGAAAUUGAAAAUCAGCAAAGAGAAAAUCCAUCUUCUUCCUCAAAAAUCAAUAAGAAUCCACAAUCUGGAAAGUCUUGGCAAUUGGCGCCCAAUAGAUAUACCAUCCCAAGUGAUUUUGGUUCUUGUAAGAAGGGUAUUAAAUGGUCACUUCAAAAAAGAACACCAAAUCUCAAAAGAGAUGGCAAAUUGAAAAACCAAGCUACAUUCUAUAAAAUUUCGGAAAGUUUGUUGGAAAAAUCAAGAAAUAAAUGCAAUUGUCACAAGGGAAAAUUUUUAACAGAUCUGAGAAAUCGAAAGCCAACAACAAGAUUUAUGAUAAGUAAUCCAAUCACAUGCUGGCGAAACAAAAAUGAUCCAGGGCCAACAACUUAUUUUGUGGGAAUAUUUGAAAAACCUAGCUUUAAAAAGGUUCCUCAAAAACAUAUUGCACCUUAUAAGUUCCUUCGAUAUUCCUGUGUUCCGGAAAAUGUACGACUGCGACUUAUAGGGACAUCAUCAUUUAAACCAGGUCCAGGAAGAUAUGAACUGUUUGAUGACGAAAAUUCCCUCCAAGUUAGCCUUUUUGUUCAAAAACAAAAACGCUUGCAAUUUCGACGACUUCAUUUCAAACGAAUAGUCUUUCCCAAACAAAACCUUUUAAGACGGCACAUAUUCGGAUAUGGCUUUACAAGACUCUUUAAAGGGUCAUCCACUACAAGUUCGAAAAGGUUGAUUUCGAAAAAGAAAUCUCAUCGACAUGUUAAUCAUGAAAUUCGAAUGUUUCCAAGUUUUGAGUAUAUCAAGAUGAUAACUAAUCCGGAUCGUAAAUUUGUAUCCCUACGAACAGAAGAAGAACUACCUGAAACUUUGAACCCUUUGCGAUUUAAUUGUUUAAUAAAAGUUCACAAACGUAGGCAAUUACGUGAUAACAAAAAAGUUGUAUUUGGUAGUGGAGUGCCAAGAUUCAAAGAUGCUGAUAUUUCAAUUCAUCGAAAUCAAUGUAAGCCUCCUCCAUUGAUUAAUUUGCCCGUGAUGACAAUUAAUCGUAAAAACAUUAAAACAAAACUCGAUUUUAUUCCGGAACGCUUAAGACCAUUUUAUGAAAGUAAUCGUAUGCAACCGUUUAAAUUUCAACCUAUUCCACCUGUUAAGUUACUAUUGGAUGAGAAUGAAGUUCAUCCAGAUCGAGAGACACGUUUAGAAAUGUAUUCCAAAGAACUUGAUCCAAAACUGUUUUUCAGAACUACAUCGUAACAUUAAAUAAUUGCCACUAAGAAUUUUAAUUCAAUCAAAUCAAAUGAGUUUUGUAAACAAGUAUUAGCUGCGUUUUAUUUUGACGAAUGAUCCAUAUAAAUCAUGAUUAUACAAAAUAAAACGAUCUGGAUCAAAAUAGAAA